AUGUCUAUUCACGCUGAGGAAGAAGAAAAGGAAAGAAAAGAAAUUCCAAAAAAUGCAUCACCAAAAUGUCCAACAUUUGAUCCGAGUCAAUUAAAUCUAUCUGACGCUCAGCCUAUUGGCUCUGGUGCUAUUUCGCAAGUUGUACAAAGUAAAUUUAGCUUCCCACCACAUCUUCCUAUAGCGGUGAAGAUACUUUCGAAGGUACAGUUGUUGCAGCAGAAUAAAGUUCAAGUGGCAAUGAAUGAGAAACGUGCUCUUUUAGAAAUGGGACCGUGUCCUUUUAUUGCUCGAUUAUACGGUACUGCACAGUCAGAGGAUGAACUUUAUUUCGUUAUGGAAUAUCUCCCGCAUGGUGAUUUACUAGAGCACAUUCGAACUUGCGCAGCACGCCAUAUAGCUGAGAAUUUGGCAGCAGAGACCACCUUAGCUGCAGAUUUGGAAAAGGGAUUGUCAAAUUCCAAUAACUCCAUUCGUUGUUUAGAUUUUCAUGAUAUUCAACUUAUCACAGCACAACUUAUAUUGGGAUUAACACAAGUUUUCUCUAAAGGUUUCGUUUUACGAGAUCUUAAACCGGAAAAUGUUGCAUUUGAUAGCAAAUACCGUGUAUGCUUGCUAGAUUUUGAUACCGUAGAUGUAAAGGGUGGAACACUUAUGCCUAUUUCCAACAAUGGUGUUGCCCUUCGCGAUAAAGCUGAGAAAGAUAAACCAUCUAACCCUGACCGCCGUCUCACGGUUUCGGCAAUUCAAGGAAUGCGAAAGAUGACGGCAAACUUCUGCGGCACUGCCCAGUACGUCUCUCCUGAGAUGCUCGGCCAGUGCCAGUGGAGCUACAGCAGUGAUCUCUGGGCGCUGGGGGCGAUGGUGUACGAGAUGGUGUACGGGACGCACAUGUUCGGCGGCGCCAACACCUUCGCGGUGAUGCGGCGGGUGGUGGGCGGCGUGCACGGCGGCGGGGUGCCGUUCCCGCGGGUUUUUCUCGGCCCGCAGGCGGACGCGUUUGAUCGCGUGCGGGACUUCAUUGAGCAGCUCUGCCGCACCGACCCCGCCCGGCGGCUCGGGGUGCAUCCCGCCACGGGGAGAUUCGACGCGGACGCCCUGCGGCGGCACCCGUUCUUCGGCGACUUCACGGCGUGGGGCGUGCUGGAGCAACACAUGCGGGACUACCGACAGCCGGCGUGCAACAGCGACAAGACGGAGAGCGCGGGGCCCGUGCACCCAAGCGCGGCGGACGACGGCACCACGUCGCUCAAGGGGCUCUACCACACACUGCCGGUCCACAGUGUGGAGUACGCCAAGUAUGUGUUUGAGGCCACCGCAGAUGCGAAUCCGUUUGAACGCUGGGCGCAGGGGAUCUCAGGGGAAAAUAGUGGAUCGUUUUUACGCGGUAUGGAUGGAGAGAAGGAGUUAGCGGAGAAUGAGGAUGCUGAGAAUGAAUCGUUAACGGUACCUCCUCUUGAGGAUGGUGAAGACGAUGAGAUGGAUGUGGUGGAUGAUGUUGGAGUACUCUACGUUGGCCGUGCUCACCCGGACUUUGCGGGUGAUGAAUAG